AUGAAACACUUUCGUCAAGCUAUAGCUUCUGCACUCGUGCUGUGUAUAUUACACUAUAGCGUUGUACCGCAUGACUUCGAGCGGAACAUUGAUGAGAUCAAGUGGCCGCAGACGGGCAACGGCCAGACGCUGGUGACCCUGGGAGAGCCGGACCUUCUCAUCGGGCAGCACCGGGGGCGGCGGCUGCCGCGAUGGUACACGGACGGCGCCGCGGCCGCGUUUCGCCUGGUGGGCGGCUCGGGGGAGCCCAACGCGAGCGCGGGCGUGCGCGACUUCUCCGAGAAGCUGGCCGAGAUCUCGAGCAGCCGCGGGGAGGACGACUUCGCUGCCAGCCGGUUUCGCGUCACCACCGCGGCGUCGUACGCCGCGUACAAGCCUCUGCUUUCCCUCGUGCUUCGCGGCCUGGUCACGGUCCACGAUCAGACGAAGCUCCUGGUCAAGAGCGACCGGUACCUGCGCGCUCUGCGCUCGGUGCUGCAGAUGACGCGGGCCUCGGAAGUGCUCAACUACCUCGGCUUCCGCCUGAUGGUGCACGUGUCGCCGCUGCUUCAGGGCGAAGAGUUGCGCGACCUCUGGCAGCUGCACCUGAAGGGUGCCAUGGCGCCCACCACCGGCUGGGCGCGAUGGAAGCGCUGCCUGCGCCUACUUGAACCCCUCCUGCAGGAAACGUACAUGUCCGCGUUGGCGCCUCUCCUGGACCCCAGGUUGGCGUCGCUUUCGGCGCUCGCCGCGGAACUCAAGGGACGCAUGGUCGCCUCUUUACCCUCGCUUCCGUGGAUGUCGGCAAGCGACAGGGCUCGCGCGCGCAAUGUUCUGUCAGCGGUGCGAGUGCGUUUCUCCUACACGCCCUACGCGGCGUCUCCGGCUCAACGCCACCACCAGAGGGCUCCGGUGGCGCGUCUCCUACCUGCGUAUCGGGACGCCUGCCGCUCGUCGUUGGCGGCGCGACUGGGAGGCCGCUGGAAGGGCUCCGUCUUCGACACCUGGCCGCGUUGGGACUGGGCCAGCGGCUCCGUGUUUGUACCCGCGGCGCUGCUGGACCUGGGACAACCCGCGGACCAGCAGUCCCUGGGCGUGCCGCGCAUCGCGAGCCGGCUGGCCCGCAGUCUUCUCCAGGCGGUGCACCAGCGGAGCCACGCUCUGGGACGCGUCGAGUGGUCGCUGAACACGUCUACCGCGCUGCACAGGCUCCAGGGCUGCCUGGACGCUCAGCGCGGAGGACCGGAGCCGGACGGACUGUCGUCCCUCCGCCACUGGCUGGACAGCGCGUCGCUCGCUCUAGCGCAGGCGCAGUUCUCGGCGUACUUGCGCGAGAGCCACGUUGCCAUGGGCGACACCCUGCGCAGGGGCCUGACGGCGCGCCAACUGUUCCACGUGCUGCUCGCCACCAGUCUGUGCGACGGACGCGAGCCGGAGGCGCAGCAGCGCGUCAACCAACCGCUGCGCAACUCGCAGGAGUUCGCCACCCUGUGGAACUGCUCGCUUGGCUCGCCCAUGAACCCGAACCGAAGAUGCACGCUCUGGAGCGUUGCGCAGCAGCAGCAGCAGCAAUAA